GGGCGCGACGUUGUUUCAGCUGUUUUCAGGUUUUCACAUGUUAUCAAAAUCGAUAUUUUUGUUACUUGAUGCAAUCUCUGCGUGUAUAUAUAUCGUAUUAUCGUUAUUACAAAGGUAGGACGAGGUCGGUGGUCCUAGGCUCCCGCGACCCAGAGCGGUGCGACGAAAAAUAAAAGCUCUCUCCCCCUCUUCACGCGCUCACAUACACACACACACGUACAUUUAUACUAUUUAAUAUUACCGUAUUACGCGCGUGCGCUCCCUUACACACACACACACAAAUAUUCACCUACUACGAUCAAGACAUUUAUAGUUUAUACAAUUAUACCCGAUCGAAACGGACCAAAUCACACGCAAGUCCGUGAUCGUUUCGUAUUUCGACGAUCAGCCGUACACACACGCUACUGCAGUCCACUACAGCUCUACUAGAACCUAAUAUCUCUGCAGUGUUUUACUAUCGAACAUGGGUAACGAAAACUCACUGCCAAUGGAGCUGUGCUCAAACUUCGAUGCUGAUGAGAUCAGACGUUUGGGCAAACGGUUCCGCAAACUCGAUCUGGACAACUCCGGUGCUUUGAGUCUGGAUGAGUUUCUAUCACUGCCUGAGCUUCAACAAAACCCCCUCGUUCAAAGAGUUAUAGACAUAUUUGAUGAGGAUGGCAAUGGUGAAGUAGACUUUAAAGAAUUUAUUCAAGGGGUGUCUCAAUUUAGUGUUAAGGGAGACAAAGAAUCAAAGUUGCGGUUUGCGUUUCGAAUCUAUGAUAUGGAUAACGAUGGAUAUAUAUCAAAUGGUGAAUUAUUUCAAGUUUUGAAAAUGAUGGUUGGGAAUAAUUUGAAAGAUACUCAACUUCAGCAAAUUGUUGACAAAACAAUUUUGUUUGCGGAUAAAGAUGAAGAUGGCAAGAUAAAUUUUGAAGAGUUUUGUUCAGUUGUUGGCAAUACAGAUAUACACAAAAAGAUGGUUGUUGAUGUUUAAAUUUUGGCACUGAACAAUGAAAGAAAACCAUAAUAAUUAUAGUUUUUCAAUAUUUUUUUUUUGUUAUGUUGAUCUUUGUAUUAUAUUUAUUAC